AUGACCACUUCAAACAGCAUCAAGUUUGUAGAGAAGGCAAACGAACACGAAAGUGAUACCCACAAGCCGCCUCUUCCGCGCCCUGCUGUCGACGGCGUUUUGCCUUUCUUGAUUUCACGCGUGCAGCAGUCCAGAAAACGUGGUCGCGACGACGAGGGCAACGGGAUACUGGGCUUCCUCCAGGACUCAGCGCUUAUCGAGGUGGUGGAUGACUCCGAUCUUGAAGAAGAUGUGGCACCCUUGAAAUGGGAAGCCACGAUAUUCUCUACCUCUCGCAUCUCGACCUCUGACACGUCCUUCGUGGCGGACCUGCCACGAAGGCCGGGUCAUGUCGCGGUGAGGAGCGCAUCGAAGAAGGGCAAGGGGGACCUGGUCAUGGUCAUCACGGAGGCCCACUACCACCACGCCGUCGAGUUGUACCUCGGGCCCUACGGUCUCGCGGCGACAGACGGCAUCGAGAGCGACCCUCACGAAGGUGUCCUUACCGGUCGGAAAGGCCGACCCAGCUUUCACUACGCCAGUACCGACGACGCCAUCAGGGCCAUCCUCGAGACGAAGCAGCCCUACGUCGACGCGCUGCACAAGUUCCUUGCACUCUCCAGCUUUCUUCACUGGCAGACUACAGAAAGGCAGGCGAACGUGGACGCCAAGAUGGAGGCCACGUUUACCGAGGCUGAACUCUCCAAGCACUCGUCGCUCUUCGUCGACAAGAAGGGCAACGCGCUGCCCAAGAUCGGAGUCAGGGUGGCGCACGACAUCGGAGGCGGGGCGAACGUAGAUUACAGUACUAGAGGAUUUGAGUCGGACCCCAAGAGUUUGUUGACUUUCGGCGGAGGUACUAUCGGUGGAGCGCAAAAUGGGGCGCGCAAACUAGUUGCGCUCGACUCGGAGGAAGACUUCCGACUGAAGACUCCCGGGGUGGCCGCUACCACGGUGGACCACACUACGAUGUUCCUCCGCCUCAACGAUGCGGCGGUGUUUGCCGCCCGAAGUGAAACGUUGUUCGACAAGGGGUCCUGGCUGAACAAGAACGUGGUCGGACUGGCCUGGGUACGACGCCGCGGGCUGUCGCUCGUACGGACCAGGGAGGGGACGACACGUGGCGGGGAGCCCUGGGUGUAUCUUGUCACCGUCAUCGACAACUGGGAGCAUUGUUGGUCAGGACCGGGUUUCCUUCUGUUCGUGACGCAACAGGGAUGCUUCUCAGGCUACAAGAACCUCAAGGAGCACGACAAGGAGGGCGCCCGCCAAAUGGAAGUCGGCCGGUCAGGCGACUUCUCGACCCCCGCUGCAAAGGGCAAGAUCGGAGGGGCGAACCAGGUGGGCAGCGCCCCCAGCAACGGUGCGGCAGCGAAAGUACGCAAGCCCAUCCCCGGCCAACGCAACCCCGUGAAAGAGUAUGGCUUUUGCUUCGGCUUCGGGGCGGAUGGCGUUGGCCUCGACCAGAAGCUGCACGACAAGUUUGCCGGCGAAAACGGGUUUGGGGACGGGCCAAUUACGGAGGGCGGGUGCGAGAUCCCAAACUUCAGCGAGGCGGGGGUGACAAAGGGCGAAUCAACGUGGCAGCUCGAUGAGCACGACUACCUCAUCCUCCCCGUCCACAGCGGCAACAAAACUGAGGGUCACCCAGCGUGCACAAUCGGCGGUUGUGUCCCGGUGGAGAAGGUGAACGAGUCAUGGCGACUGUGCCACUGGGCGCUGAAGUACAUCCUCAAUAGGAGGAUCGUGUCCAAGGUGACGCAGAACGCACGCCACAACGGCGCUGGCGAAAAGAGCCGCGCCAAGGGGAGGAAGGAGUGA